AUGUAUCAACAUCAUUUUAAGCCCAAUGGAGAUAUGACAAGGCCUGUUAACGAAAAAGGAUGGAAUCCAGCAACACAACCAAACCCUAAUUGUAUCAAUAAAAAAAAACCAUCAUUGCAAAGUUUUCAAGGGCAAUCGAAUGUUCAAAGAAACCUAAAGCUGCGCAGCAGUAAAAAGCCGAAUCCUAAACCCUAUCAUAAUUUUAUUUACACAAACCCUUUAGAAAUCAAACAAGGAAAAAACAUUGCUCACAGAAAUCACAAAAAGCCACGGCCACCAUCACACAAAACCCAAAGAUGUGUCAUCAUCUUCCCUAACGUCAAACCCUUCAGAUUCGAGAAAGAAGAAGAGGAAAAGAGUCGAAAUCGCAAACAAAUAAAGAAUAAAAGAGAGAGUAAGAAAGAUCUCACUGAAGAAAUCCCAGAGGCAACAUCCUCAUCCUCCUCACCGAUUUUGGCAUCUAAGGCAAGUUAG